CGGCAAUUCAAUCGGCGCGUAUGCCAACGCGGUCGCGUACUACUCAGCAACUGGUAACGAAACCCAGCCGGGGUAGUCACACGCUAAACACGCGUUCGGUAGGUGCAACACGCUCUAGUACAGUCGUCGUCCCAAGUAUACACGUACAUAUCUAUAUACAUAUAAUAUUGUAAAUGUAAAUUUCGAUACGAGGUACUCCGCGAGCGUUGGUUUUUUUUUUUCUCACCGAUUUCCUUCUUGACGGGGGUGUUUUGAUUUUUUUUUUUUUUUUUAUCAACAAACCAUUUGCAAAGGGGAAAAAAAAAGGAUAAACAGUUCGUAAUGAAGAUUGCUUUGUCCGUUUGUCGCGCAGUCGUGUUCGAUCGGUGACAUAGUAUUUCGUCGGGAUUUUUUAUAAUUAUUAUUAUUAUUAUUUUUUUUUUAACUGUGCGUAUGAUAUAACUUUGAACGGUCGUGCACACACGGGCGGAUGAUCUCGUAGAAUAUAAUAUAUUGAUAUCAGUGUACAAUGAAUUCGCCACAGAUGUACGAUACGGCUCCACAAUCGCACACCCACCAGUCGCACCAUCAGCUCAGCCAACAGGAACUGAUGGCGGCGAAAAAAGCUCAACUCGGACAGCUCAAGAACAGGUACGACAUAUCGGAGCUGUCCACGCCCGAGAUAUCGCUGGACCUGCAGAACCUGAUCGACGACAGCCAGUUCAGCGAAGGGCUGUUCACCGAAAUCCUUCAGCAGGGCCAAGUCAAGUUACCGAACGGCGCGGGCCGCAACGGUGUCGCCCAGAACGGGUUCAACUCGCGCACCACUCUGGCGUACAUGCCGCAACCGGUGCACUACGAGAGCACGCCGACCGCAACGGGCGGCCCCAUCAAAGAGGAACCGCCCGAGACGGUGGAGUUCCGCAACCAGCAGCAACAACAGCAGCAGCAGCAGCAACAGCAGCAGCAACAACAGUACCUGAGCAACGGCCAAGGCGGCGCGUUUCAACCGCCGUCUUCCGGUAACGGGCCGCAUCUGAAAGCGGCUCAUCACAAUCAUCACCGGAAAUCGAGCUCGAGCAGUAAUAAGUCGGUGGACAAGAACACGGACGAGUACAAAAGACGGCGGGAGCGAAACAACAUCGCCGUACGGAAAAGCCGGGAAAAGGCGAAAAUCCGAAGCCGGGAGACCGAGGAGAAAGUCAAGCUUUUAGUCAAAGAAAACGAGAGGCUGCAGAAACGGAUAGAACUGCUCAGCGAAGAACUCAACGUGCUCAGGUCGCUCUUCACCAACGUGGGCGUGUUACCCGAACACCUUCACAGGGAGCUCAACAAACACUUUGACGCCUACCCACACUUACAGUGAGCACGAGAUUUCAAACGAGACAUCGAUGAUACCAGUUCAAUAGUAAAGUAGAUCCUCAUCAGUACCUCUUUGGAAUCCAACUAUAAUAUUAUUUUAUUACCAAUUUAAAUAUUUCGAAUGAUUAUUUUCCUUCAUAUGAAUUGCACAAAAUACAAUCCUAAGUUAGGCGUUGCCGACAAGAUUUGUGCUCGCAAACUGUUCUACUUAACUAAGAUAUAUAUAUAUAUAUAUAAUCUAUAUAUCUUUUUGUAUUUUUAUUUUUGUUAUAUAAAAUUAUUACUGUUCUCCCAACUUUAAAUUGUUCUUCAAGGAUCAUCCGAAGUUGGGUUUUGCCCUCUUUAUUUUAUUUUUUUUAUACAUGUUUAGCGAUAAUAAGUUAGUUGAAAAAAAUUGUAUUUAUUUUUUGACACGUACAAAAUUAUAUUAAAAAAAACAAUUAUAUUUGUUGAAAACACAGCAUCUAUUCCCCUAUUAGGUUAUAGAAUUAUACGCCACGAGUGUUCAAAUUUUAAUAUACUUUUUCGGGGAUCAUUGCUCGGUUGCUUUUUCAUUUUUUUACUUUUCAAAACAAAAAUUUCACAAAUAUGAAAAUUAUAGAAGGAACAUAAAAACAAACGGGAUUUACCAACCUUACCCAAAGCAAUUUUUCAACAGCCGACAAAUAAUUACAUUUGUUGAUUAAAAACGAAAACCUGGUUAACUUAAAAUAGUUUUUCAUUGAAUUACAUAUUUUUUAAAAAGGCAGUGAUUCCUUUUUCGGUAUUGUUUUUUUUCUUCUAAAUCGUAGAAUAGAAAGACACCGAAGUAAAAUAUUAUAAUAACAGCUGUCAAUAUUGAAUACUUGUUUUGACAAUCAAUACAAUAACGUUAGCAUAACCAAAUAAAUUCUUCUACGACUAUAAUUAAUAAUAUUGUGAUUACAAAGUGCCUAUAAUAAUUAUUGACAUUACCAUUAUGAAAAUUAAAAACAUUAAAGUUACCUCUGUAAUACAAACUAGGUUUUGACGCGAGUCUCGCCAUGCCAAAUUGCUUACAUAUUAUAUUAAAUGAAAGUAAAAAUAGUUACCUACCGAAAAUUCCUAAUUUAUUAUGGUUCGAUGUUACCCGUUACAAAAGUAGAGUAAACAAAUAUAUUAUAUAAAUAUAUAUAUAUAUACUUUUUUUUUUAUCUAAAGGUGUAUUUUUUUAAUGUUCUUAAAAUAUAGAUUUUAUUUUCUCAUUCUAUGUUCUCUUUAAAAUUUGUAUUGUAUACAUAAAGGUUCAAGACAUUUUUUUUGAAUUUGUUAUUAUUAUAAGAUUACUUUGAAAACUGCCUUCGACUCUCCAGAGUUAAAUCAUGUGUAUAUAAUUUUAGUAAGUACAUAAUAUUAUAGUGUACAAGGAAACAAUUUUCUACGUUUUGUUUAUUUGUUUGUUAUUUUUAAUAUAAUUAAACCCCCCUCCCUCCCCCUUUUUUUUUACCUAUUUAGUAGUUUUUUCUAGUCUAAAAUAUAAUUUUACAACUUACAUACUAAGGUAUUAUAUUUUAGUUAUUUAAAAUUGAAAAAUAAAUGAGUAUAAUACAUUUUUUUUUUUAUUAUUUAAACAUAAUUUAUUUGUAUAGGUGAUAUAAAUACUAUAAUAUUUUUCAGUUUAGUGUUUAUCUAUUUUUUUUUA